AAUUUAUCAUUAUAUAUAAAGCCGUUAUUAUUAUAUGUUGUACUUGUGACUAGCAAACCCUUGCGGAGUGGUGAAUUUAGCUAAAAAAAUGGCUGUAUCCUCCUAUUUACACGUCGGACAAUACCAAAAAAAGUCUGAGAUCGGCUUAACCCUAAGAAAAUAGAUUUGGCGACAAAUAAGGCGAACGUCAUUUUUAAAAAUACCUAACCUCUAAUUAUCCUAAUAUGUCAACUUUUGACCAUAAUUUGUUCAUUUAUUGUGGUUAUUGCAAUUCUUAACAAAAUGUCCAUAAACGGAGUAACAUAAACAGCAAGAAUACAUCUACACAAAGAGAAAUGAGUCUCUCAAGGACUUUGCUAGCAUCCAUCAUGCAUGUCAACAGAAAUAUGGGGGGCUCAGUGAUAAACAGCUAUCACUUAUGUCUACAAAUUAGACAAACACAUAGGAAAUCAAUUUACAAAACAGAGGCGAAGAAAAUCAGAGUUUAUGCUGUUAAUAGAUAUUGGGAAUAUCUGAAGAAUUAUGACAAGAUACUGGAAAAGCGGUUUCCAGCUGCUAUGAAAGUAUAUAGAGUAUUUGUGGAUGGAGUUAAAGAAUUCAUGAAAGACACCAAAGAAUAUUUUCGCAUUGUAGUAAUCCUUAACAAAACAAACUUUGAUUUCUCUAAAUUACUCAGAAGAGAAAUUGAGUUGUAUCACCAAAUGCCUAAAGACAUGAGAAAAGUAGCUCCAAUACUGCUAUUCUCAUCAUUACCAUUUGCAUUCUACAUUCUUCUACCUUUAGUAUAUAUGUUUCCAAAACAACUGCUUAGUUCACAUUUUUGGUCAUUGCAGCAAAAAUCAGAAUUUGGUACCUUGUAUUUGAAAAAAAGACUAAUUCACAAUAAACCUGUAUUUAGGCACUUACAAACACAAUUAGAUUAUCUUAAGUCUCACCCUUUGUACUACCAUUGGGGAGAAGUUUUAGGGAAGAUAGGUAGUGGGGCCAAUCCUUGUGUUAAGGAAGUUAUUAAAUGCAAGCCAUUGUUCACUGGUGAGCCUUAUCAUUUGCUGUACCUCAGUAGGAACCAUGUAGUGCACCUACUGAAAAUGCAUGAACUACAUAUUGGAUGGUUUAGAAGGUCAAGAUUAGCAGAACGAGCGUUUUUAUUGAAAGAAAUGGACAAGGCAAUUUUGAGAGAAGGAGGAGUACAUAACAUGCCGACUGAAGCAUUGAGGAAAUGCUGUUAUAUUAGAGGUCUAAAUCCAACCAAUCUAAGUAAUGAAGAAAUGAUCUGCUGGUUGACAAAUUGGAUCGAAUUGACAAGUGAAGUGGACAGAAACAGUUAUUCUUUGCUUCUCCAUGCACCAGUACUGCUAUCAUAUAAUACACCUUCAAAUUGGGUACUGAUCUACCCACCAAAAUGAACACGUUCACUAAAUAGUUCAAAGCUUUAUCCAAAGAUAUUACGUAUUAUGUUAUUUUUGUUGCUCUAACAGUACCCUCGGUUUCAACCGGCAAUUGACAGCAAUAACAACUCAAAUAUUCUAUCACGUGAAGAACAUGUUACCGACCAAUUGAUUCUGACUUGACCUUGAGGAUUUGCUAUACUCUUAAGUUUUAGUAAAGAUUAUUAUUUCAUUUUCUAUUGAAAUUCAAUAAUUUAAAAUAUCACAUAAAAUGCCGAUUUACAGUUUUUAUGGAUCACUCUAAGAUUAACUAGCACAUGUUUUGUUGUGUCUAUUACAACACUGCUUUGCACCUUUUGUAAUCAAUCUUGUUUCACUUUGAUGGCACCAUUUAAGCAGAGAAUUUUCUAAAAAUACAUAUAUACAUUCGGUCAUUCAAUUGCUGGUGUGAUUUGUUAAAUAUAGCAACAUUUCUAUUAGUACCUUUAUUGCUGUGAACUUUCAAAUGUUAAUUGUGAUAUUGUAUCAUUUUAAAUGAAAUAAAAAAAUAUAAUGUUGUAAAACG